CUACCAACCAAGCCCUCUUUAAACAGUUUCUGUUUCAACGGGAACAUUUAUUUAGUCCCCACUGCGCUUCAUGUCCUGUUUACUUUCUUUUUUCAGGGACUCAUUAAAUUAGAGGUGAGGUUUGUUGUAUAAAAGAGGGGACAGGUGGAAACCGCCAUAAACAAGGAGCUGUAAGAUCUCAAAGUGUCUCUUAACGGACUCGUUACUUUGCUUCACGGCGGACGGGAUGUUUGUAAUGACAAGGCGUUCAAGUGAGGGCUUGCUUUGAACGUGAAGGCAGGAAAUAACGCACGCAGCCCCGCUAAAUGGCACAUUGUGCGCAACAGGGAAGUGAACCUCGGCUGCUUUUCUGCACUGCUGAAAGUUCUCUACCCUGUUCUCGAAGUUAACUUUCUCUACGUCACAAAUAAGGAAAGAAGGAAACCCGCCUUUACAGCUUUUAGAAGAAACGACGUGUGAUCUUAAAGCGAGUUCUUGAUGCAGAAGUACUAGAAAAGGAGUAUGGUCGGAGUGUAGGAGAUAUUUUGAGAAGGGAGAGAAGGAAAAGGCGACGACGAAAACUGUUUCUACACCCAAGCUUUACGAAAGAACUGCCUUAUUAUGGCCCAGUGGUUGGAGAUGAGUUAUGUCCUGACUAACAUGGACGAUGAGCGAAUCAACGCGCUCUAUCCGCCAGACACCUUCCCGAUUGAAAUCAGGCAUUAUCUUUGCCAAUGGAUGGAAGAAAAAGAUUGGGAAGGCUUCAACCCAGACCAGUCGGACAAAGAGCAGCUCGCGCAGGCUUUACUGAGCGAUUGUAUCCUCCUUUUAGAAUCGGUUGCUGAGCAGCAGAAUAUAGUGGAGAGGAUGAAGCUGUUGCAGAUAACGAAGAACUUGAUGACUCGGCCAGCUAUGGAGUUUGCUGUGAAGAUCAGAAACAUUCUCAGGCAGGAGAAGAUGAUACUCUGUGAGAGGCACACCCCAAAACGGACAGAAGGAAAGACUCCUGACUUUGAGGAUUUGACUUUCAUGAAGAGUAUAGUGCUUCAGCUCCAGGACCGCAGAAAAAGAAUCCACAGCUGUAAAGAGGAUAUGAACUGGGAGAUGGUAAACUAUGAAGCUUUGCAAGCCGUUCAUGCAAAGACUCCAUCAGAACAUUCACUCAGAGAACUACAGAUGCUCUCGAAGAAAAUCCAGGAGCUCAAGAUAAAUCAAAGCAGUCUAACCCGGGAAUGUUUGGGGGUGUUCACAGAGACUCUGACCAAGCUGAAACAGUGUCAGGAUAAUUUCAUCAUAAAGAUGAAUGUAUGGCAGUGGGAGCAGCACAAAUCCGUUAUAGGAUAUCCUUUCACUGAUGACCUCAGCCAUAUGCAGAACUGGUCCGAACAGCUGUUUGCGGUGAACAGCAACCUUAGACAGGAGUGGCUGCUGAUCCCUGAUCUUCCAAAGGAAAUCGGAGAAAAACUGACAUGUCUUCUUCAGGAACUGAUUCAGAGCUCUUUCGUUGUGGAAAAACAACCCCCUCAGGUCAUUAAAACUCAGUCAAAGUUCUCAGCAGUUGUGAGAUAUCUGCUGGGGGAAUCAUUGGUGUCUGGGCAGCCUGUGACAAUGAAGGCACAAAUUAUUAAUGAACUCCAAGCCAGAAACGUGAACCUUGCAUUGUGUGACAAUGUUGGAGAACUCAUAAACCACACAGCAAUCCUGGAUAGAAACACAGCCACAAAGACCACAAAUGCCAACUUCAGACACAUGUCCAUUAAAAAAAUAAAGCGAGCAGACCGAAAGGGAGCCGAAUCUGUGACAGAGGAGAAGUUUGCGCUGAUGUUUCUUGCAGAAAUUUUCAUCACAGGUCACGAGACUCCUUUCAAGAUACACAUAAACUCUCAGCCUGUGGUCGUCAUUGUUCACGGCAGUCAGGACAUCAACGCAGUGGCCACCAUCAUCUGGGAUUGUGCGUUUGCUGAACCAGACCGAGUGCCCUUUGUCGUCCCGGACCGUGUGACUUGGAAGAUGAUGAUUGAAACUCUGAAUAUAAAAUUUUGCUCAGAGGUCGGGACAAAUCACAACCUGAAUCCCUACAACAAGCACUUCUUAGCUCAGAAGAUCUUUGACCAGCCUGAAUAUGCGAGUGACUUAAGUGACUCUGUGGUUACUUGGUGCCAGUUUAAUAAAGAGGUCCUCGCGGGUCGAAAUUUCACUUUCUGGCAGUGGUUUGAGGGAGCAAUGGAUCUAACCAAGAAACAUCUGAAGCCCUACUGGAGCGAUGGGCUGAUUUUUGGUUUCAUUGGAAAGCAACAUGUCCACCUGAUUCUCAAAGAGUCUCCCAGCGGGACUUUCCUCCUUCGCUUCAGUGACUCAGAAAUCGGAGGCAUCACCAUUGCUUAUGUAUCUCAUGAGAAUGGGAUACCGAUGAUUCAGAACAUUCAGCCUUUCACUAGGAAAGAUCUUGAGAUACGCUGCCUCGGUGACCGCAUUCGAGACAUCAAUGAGAUCUUGUACCUGUAUCCAAAUGUGCUCAAACAUGAUGCUUUCAAAAAGUUCUACACAGAGCAACAGCCCACCAAUUCGGGCUACAUUCCCGUACGUCUGCAGACUAAAGUUGGCACGGCACCAGAGAUUGAUGGAAAUCAUGUCAGUGGUGAACUGAGCGCGCUGAAUGUCGAAGACACCUACUCAUUAGAUACAUUACCAGACUUGACUGUCCUCUCCAUGGAAGCACACUGCGACCCCGUUCCUGCAGAUGGCAUGGAUUACGACUUUUAUUUCAAUGAUUUUCCUAAGAACUCUACUUGAUAUUAGAGACCAAGGCAGAUGCAAAGUCAAGACUAACUCAUCGUUUAUGACUCAAGUGAUUGUGCUGUUUUCUUCAUCGGGAUCUACAGUUUGAUUUGAUUGUAAAUAGAAACUUUUUAGGGCUAGAAUUAGCCUUUUCAGGGCAUUUUAGGCCAUUUUAAAAUGGCCACACUUCUCAAUUGAAUAUGGCAAUUAAAUAAUUAUGAGUUCAGUAUCGGGCGAGCAUCAGUUUAAAGUGUCCAGCAGCAGGAUUUUUAGCACUACAGAGCUAAAAAGGGUUAGAGAUUUCCUAAAUGUUGAGGUGUAAGCUAAUUGAAGCGUUUUAGUCCAAAAAAUAGUCAUUUUAAUAACAUGCGUUCUUGUCACAAAUAUUAUUCUAGGAAUCAAACUUAAAAGUGAUAGGCAAAGGGCUUUUUUAAUUUUUCUGGACUGCAUUUUUUUUUUUUUCCGAAGAGUUUUUUUUUGCGGCGCUAGUGGCUCGUAUUUUUUCCACAGUAGGCAGACAGGAAGGAGGGUGGAAGACAUGCGGCAAAGGUCGUCGGGACCGGGAGUCGAACCCACGACGUCCGCGUUGAGGACUAAGGCCUCCAAACGUGGGGCGUGCUAUCCCCCUGCGCCACCACAGCACGCCCGUGGACUGCAUUUCUGUGUAGCUCAAGAUUUAAAUUCUAAGGCUUUAACCCUGUGCAAAUAUCACAGCUUGCUAAUUGGUUGCUGCUUUUGAAGACAAGAUUAGCAUUUGCUUCUAUGCUCUCUGCUGAGUUUUGACAUAGUCAGUAGAGCAUUUGGCAACCUGUGAUUCAAAAACUUGACAUCUUAACUGGAUAACUAUUAUGUGCCAGCGCUCAUUUUGUGAACUCUAUAUGGGCACUAAAUUAAGAGGGUAUUCCACAUUUUUAUUGACUGCAUUAGAUCAUCUCUGGAUCAAAAUUCAAAACAUUUUUGUAGGCAGUUAUUUUAAAUCUCCUACACAUCUAGAUUAUUUUAUGUAAAGUGGAGUGAUUUAUUUCAAUUUAUUUGAGACUCAUCAGCUGCCACAGCCGUCUUUACGAUGAACACUGUGUUAAUACCACAAUUGGCUAACCAUUAUUAGCCUCUGAUGUGGUUCAAAUUAGCAUCUUAUACAAAAAGGCCAUUUCACUGUUUCAACGCUGUACAACAUUUGAUCUAUUUUUUUUAUUCUAAAAUACUUUAUUUACUAAUCUUGAACUAGACUAUUCUACACUUGGCAUAGAUUUGUGAAUCUUGUCUAAUCUCGGUCUUGUGAAGGCACUGGAUGUAUCUUCCAAUCCCAAUUUAAAAGUAACACCUCAAGAUAAGAAUAUAAUUUGCUUAUGGCAACAAUUUUAAUGUCUAUCUUAAUUUUAAUCGGUGUAAUAUGCAGGGAACAUGGAUUCCUUAAUUAGCACCCAAAAAUGUGUUGCUAGCUUGUGGACUCCCACUGACAGGUAAGAGGGAAAAAUAAGCCCUAUAUGUAAAGAAAAGGAAAUUGUAUGAAUAUCGAAUACUAAAAAUGCUAAAAAAAAAAAAAAAAAAGCUAAAAUCUUCAUGGAUGCUUUUUACUGGUGCUGUUGCUUUAGUCAUUUUAUUUAAAUUCAACGUUAUGUGAGCCACCCUUUUCCUUUCCAGUAUUUAUCUCUACCACAGCAACACAACAUGACCGGUUCAUUUUGAAUACUUUAAAUUGGAAACCCAUCUGAAUUAAAGGGGUUUUCUUGUCAUUUGUGUUUUUAUGCUUAAUGGUGCACUUCUUUGAAAAACACACACACACAUAUAUAACAUGAUUUGUACAUUUGUUAACUCCUCAUUCAUUUGUUUGUUUGGUCUGAUUUAAGCUAAAUAAGUGAGUUGUCAUCUACAUCAGUUUAUUGGGUGUUAUGUUUUGGUAGUCCUGCUAUUUUUUUUGAGAUGUUGGGGGUGGUUUCAGUGACAUUGUAUUUUCUCAGUUGUAUAAUCUGUCCUUACCUAAACACUUCAGUUACUGCGUGUUGAACAUUUAACCAUACAAUAUUACACAAUAUUUAUGCUGAAUAGUCUGAUAGUUUGUGUUCUUUGUUGAACAUGGGUUCAGUCACAACAGAAAACAAUAAUAAACAAUAAUCGUUUUCUUUUUUUUUCAUUACUGCGGAUUGCAGUAUUAUAACAGUUGGCAGAUGCAGUAAAGUUGACGGUCAAGACUAUGAGCUAAAUUUUUUUUUAUACUAUUUUUAUAUAUGAAACUCUAGUUGACAGUAUUUUCAAAAAGCUUUGGCAAACACUGUUACAGUAAAUUCGUACAUUUAUCUCACAUUAAAACCCAAUAGUAAACAUGAGCCAAAUCAUCAGUAUAUUAGAAAGACACAGAAACUACACCGACACGAGAGCUAGCAUGUUAGGCCAGUGAUAACAUUACAAAUGCUAAAAUUGGUUGUCCUUCUCUUGCUUGUAAAUACAAAUCUGCAAGUUGAACUGCUUCACUUUUAUUUUGUAUGAAAAGUUGUGUGAUUUAAAUACUUUAUUAGCUUAUAAGAUAGAACGGAAUGUAGCAAAAGUUCCAACCAAAAGUAAUGGGAUAGAGCGCAAUUCUGUUGACACUGUACAGUAUGUUGUUAUUGUCCUAUCCUCAGUUGAUAACUAGUAAUCUGUCAGCAAACCCGUUUUGCAAACAUACAGAUUUGUUUUUCCCCCCCAAGACUGAAGUUAACUGCUUGUAUGAGAGAACCGCCUUCUCAAAACGACUCAUUUUGAAAAUGCAAGAUGCUCAUGGCAGUUUUGGCUUAUCAACAUGUUCGCAUUAGAUGAUUAUUUUUAAAGAAGGUGAUGGAUGUUUAAGCAGAAUGCCAAGAUUUUGGAACAAUCUUACAACUGAAGAGAUUAUGAGAAAAUGUGGUUAUGCGACUGAAAAUAUUAAUACCCCUUGUACUGUCUCUGGGAAUAACAUGGGUUGCAAAUUAGUAAAAAGGUGAAAUGACCUAAUACAGAAACAUUCAAACCACAGCAAAAUAUUGACUGCGAAGUAUGUCUGUCUAAAGAAACAAUGUGUUGAUGAAAUAAGGCAGCAUUAAAGAAUAUAACGAUCGUGUUCAUUUGAAUUGCAAUUAAUUUGAAUUACAACAUACCUAUACAUUGCUGUUGUAUGUUUUUGACUGUAACAGACUGUUGCUCUGGCUGGAAACGUUUUGCUUAUUUACUGCAAAAAUAGUUUCUGUUUACAGGUUUUUAAAGGAACAUUUGUGGGAGCUGGCAGGGGACCUUUGAGACUGGACUAAUUUUAACAUGGCAUAAACCCCUUUCUUAGACUCCAGUCAGAUUGUCUGGUAGCUUCAGCCUUCUGGAAAAACAAAUCUGUUUAUUAAGAAAUAUAUUAGCUACCUGUAACUGCUUAAAACAAACCUCCUAUGAAGAGUACAGUACUGAAAAUCCUCUUAAAAACGUAUUGUAAAAAAUAUAUAUAAUUUUUUUUAUAGUUACUCUUUUUCUAAUUUAAGCCUUAUGCAAAUCAAUUCUGUGUAAGCUGAAUAAAUUCAGUUUUUAACAUUGCUUCCACUUUAAGCCAUCCAUUUUACAUAUUUCUAUAUAUGCCAAUAUUUUUAAUGUUCCUUGUCACAUGCAUGUUUCAUGUUUUACACGUCAUGCAGGUUUUUGGUAUAAGUCCUUCAUUGUUGUGAUGUAUAAGAUUUCAACUGCCAUAAAAUUAAAACUGCCAAAAUAA